UUGACUCAGCUCGUUGAAAUAUUGAUAGGGUUAAGAUGAAGUUAGUAGAAAAUAGAAUAUAAAUUUACAGUCUAAGCUAAUUUAAAUAAUUAUUCAAAUACUCUAAUCUUCGAUAAUUUAAAUGAGAUUGAUACUCAAAUAAAAGAAACAAGAUUUAGACGUAAUUCGAUUGUGGCAUUGUUUUAUAUAGUGCAGUCAUGGUUACUUUAAAGAACGUAUUUUUGGCAUAACCAAAAAUCCUUUGUUCUAAUUCUAUUCUAUUUAACAAAAAAGCACUAUUAAAAUUUACAUUUAUAGCAACAAGUUUCUUUUACUUGGAUAUUUAUAAUAAAAAUUAUUUAUAAAAAUAUUUAAAAUAAAUCAAACAAUAUUUCUCGACAUAUUUUGAAAAUAAUUCGAUCAAUGCCUGCAUUACAAUUAUGUACACUUUAUAAUUUUAUAAAUUUUACAAUUUUUUAAUCAAGUAUGUGUCAAUAAUGUUAUUAACAAAAUUUAAUUACGAGCAACUUUCAAUCGGAUUAGUAGCUCACUUUUUUUUAUUAAGAACAUAAUGGGAAACUAUUAACAGUAAAUCUACUACAUUUACUGGAAAUUCCCAUGAUAAUAAUAUGUUACUAAAAAAUGUAUAAUUUUAAAUAUGAUAAUUUUUUCUAUGAAAUAAUUUUCAUGUAUAGUUGUAUACAUACAAUGUACCGGUAAUAUGGUUGAGGAAAGAAGUAGUAACGGAAAAAGAAUGGGAGGGGGAACUUGACGCAGCUGUUGAUAGUUUGGGUCGAGGACACAUGGAAAGAGAGUUACGGCCCAAUAGUUUGUGGUCCGUAGGACUGCCCAAAUAGUUAUGAUGUACAUAGUUAGAAAGAAUAUUUAGUGACUAGCAUUAUUAUAAUAAUAUUUUAUAAAAAUUUUCUAAAAUUGUUAGCAAUCAGUGCACUAUUAAGACGUGUUUAUUCAGAUAAUUGAAUAAUUUGUAUACUUCGUUAUUUACAAAGUGGAUACAAUUAUAUACUUCCGUAGUAUUACUCAAGUGAAUUGGAGUUGUUGUGUAUCUUAUUGUAAUGGCUGGAGAUUAUUUUUUAUUAACCAUGAACUGGAAAUGAUUGAUACUUUGAAAAUAUGAAGAUUCGAUCUACCAAGUUAAAAAGUUCGAAGAUUCAAUCGAUUAGUCGUCGAAAUAUCGCUAAUUCUUUAAAAUCCUCUAAUUUGAAAAGAACAAAAUCUUUUCGAAUACCAGCUUCUUUAAUUUCAAAAAUGAGAAAUCAAACAGAUAUAUUUAAUUCAGGAUCUGAAAAUAAAACAUCCUUAAAAUCAUCAAAGAGCUGUCUGAUAGAAGACAAAUGUACAGACUCAACAACUGAUAUUCAUAGUGUAAUCGACAACUUUACAACUAAACUUUCUGUCUCUGGUGCUACUAGUGCAACAACAAGUAGUCAUAAUAUUAAUACAUCAGAAAAAAUUGACAAAAAUAAAAAAAUGACAAAAUAUGCUGAUGAUUUUAUUAACGAAAGCUACCAAAAUCAAAAUGGAUAUGAAAAUCCAAGCUUUGUACUUAAUUUAUCAUUGGAAUCAACUCUUGCAGAUUAUUUGUUUGAUGAGACUCUUGAUGAGGAAUGUGAAGUUGAAAACAAAGAGUGUAGCAUUAAUCAUGACAAAGUAACAAUUAAUUACAAUAAAACAGUGUGCGAUUAUGAUAAAAAAAGUAUACUUUAUGAGAAAUUAGAAGUGCCCAAUAGCUAUGCAUAUCAAAAUAUGAAUUCGAAGAAAAAACACAAUGAAGAUGAUAAAUUCAGUGUUUCAUGGUUUCGAAAUAAGAAAGUAACUUUACAAAAGAAAAAUAAAGCUAAUACAUCUAAGACUCGACCCCUUGUUGAUGAUCAUCAAGACGUUGAUGUCUCGACUAAUUCAAAAACAUAUAAAAUGGAUGGCUUUGGGAAAAGAAGAAAUUAUUUUCAACAACAAAAUCAAGAAAAUAACCACGUGUUGAUUAGAGCUAUUAAUCCAUUGAUUAAUCAAACAUCUUUAAAUUCUCAAACGCAGGCUUUAUUUACAGCAAUUGAAAAUGGUCGUUUAGAUGAAGUAAAAAUUAUAUUAGAAACUACGGAUGUGAAUGUCAAUAGUUUGAAUAGCAAUGGGUUUUCGCCGCUAGACAUAGCUAUGCUCAAUAAUAAUAAAACACUUGUGAACAUGCUACUUUCAUACGGUGCCCAAGAAAAAACGCAUUGCCCUUUGACUGCACUGUGUGUAGUAAAUGCUGAUGUAAUUGGAGUAAACUCUGUUAACAUCAGGUUUCAAAUAAAUGAAAAAUCAGAACCUAUAUGUACUAAACUGAAAGUACAAUGGAGUACGAAAGAAGAUUUUUCACUAAUGAGUGGUGAAAAAGAAAUAAGUGAUAUAAAACAAAAAGAAUAUUGUAUUGAUGGACUUAUGCAGGGUCAAAAAUACUUUUUUAGAGUAUGUUUAGGAAAUUCCAAAGGAUAUAAUAGGUUUAUUUCUUCAGUUCCUUCUUACUUAACACCAAGUAGUUGGCGUGACAUCGAUGGACGACCACACAGGUUUGAUGGUCGAUUAAAACAAUUAGACUCGUUAUUUGCUGACAUUCAACGUCCAGAAUAUACUCAAGAUACUCCAGCAUUACAACGUCGAAAUUAUAAAAAAAAAACGACUAUUAAACAACUUUUUACAACGACGAGCAAAUUUCAAAAACAUUUAAAACGAGGCAUUUAUUUAUCUUGUCUUUUAUAUCAUGAUGAUAAAAUACUAGUUACGAAUGAAGAUUUUUUACCAGUAAUUGAAAUCGAUGAGAUUUAUCCUAGUUGUAUUUAUAAUGAUUUUCAUUGGCUUAUGAAAAUUGCAUGUACAUGGGACAAUGUCAAAACUCUGCGAAACAACAUGGAAAAGAGUCAAGGCUGUUCAACAAAUCACUUUAGAUUAAAAUUACUUCAAGCAAUUAUCCAAAUGCAGAAUGCAUUGAGCAUCCAGGAUCUUGGUCAAAUAUAUUACAAGCCGAUAAAGGAUUCUCAGGGAAUAUUAGUGAUUUCAACUGUGCAUUAUAUUAAAUCUCCUAAAUUAAUGUCACUGCUUAAUAAUCGAUGGAUAUCAUAUAGUAAAUUAACAAAAAAAGUUAUCCUACAAGAUGAUAGUAAUGUAGCUGAAAUUCUUAUGGCAAAUAUUCCAGAUCAAAUUGCCUAUCACAAGUCAAGCAAUACCGGAUUAACUAGAGGCCUUUAUCUUGGUUAUUUAAAAAUGCAUAGUAGUGUUGAUUUAAUUCAAGUAGUCGUGCCGUCCAAAGCACCAAAUGUCUUACCCCAUUGUAAAAUUCGUGAUAAUCCCCAUGUAUCUGUAGAAGAAUGGAGUUUUCUUAAAAAAGUUACGGGCUCUCAAACUUCAGUAAACUUUUUUGAUAAAGACUCUAAUACAGAUGAAAAGAAAAACGUAACAAAUGAAAUCGAAACGACACAACAAGCUAAGUCAUUUAUGGAAUUACUUAUCAACGCAGCUCAUCGUCUCUUUUUUUAUAUGAAUAUUAGUCCUGAAAAUUCUCAAACUCAUCGGCUUUAUGAUGCAGAAGUUAUUGAACUUUCAAGCGAAGUUUCUUUUCUUAUUAUUGUGCCUCCUGUUGAGACUGUAUGUUUAGUACCUGGAGCUCAUGAGAUUCUUCUUCAAAGAGAUGAUCUUUUAACUCUUCCAAUUCAAGUUUUUGAAAUGGUGCAUUUAAAUGCAUAUCAAAAAGAUGUCGUUAAUUGUUAUUCAAAACUAAGUUGUAUUUUAGAGCUAGAAAUUGCUCAAGCCCAACAAAAUUAUAGAGAAGCUUUCAGUUCUUCAGAAGUUAUCACUACAAAAGAAAAAUUAACAAAACUUCAAAAUCUUCAAUCAGAUGUAAAUAAUAUUUGGAAAGGUGCUCGCUGGUUAAUUGAUGUGAUUACUUUUGCUAGAGACAGAGGAUCUUCGCACUGUGUAUCUUUAGGAGCUGCAGGCAUAUCUAUGAGAAAUUUAUUAAGCAUUAAACAAAGUAGUAGCCACAGUCUGAAACGUAGUUUAUUACAACUACCAAUAAGAGAUUCAAAGGUAGUUAAAUCCAGUUCAGGACGUGGGAGUUGGCCAGGUCCUAAUGAAAAUGAUUCAGCAUCAAAAAUUUUCCAAAGUUCUGAAUUUAGUAAGAGUGAACAACAAUUAGUAAGCGAAAAUAAUGUUAAAGAAUCUACCAAUACGUUUAAUUCUCAUCGAAAUAUCUUAAUUGAUUGUAAAAAAAAUGGAAAUGAUUUUUCGAGUGCACCAAAUCUAGAACCUCUGCAAUCAAGUAAUCGUGAAUAUGUGUAUAAAAUGUCCACUAAAUUACGAUCUGAUCAUUUGACAUCAUCGUCAUCUGAAGAAACUUAUACCUCCAAUCAACAUAAAAAAUCUGACAGUGCACCUAAAAAUCAGUUAUCAGUAAUGAAACAGUCAAUGAUGAUCCCAGUAAAUAUGUGUCAAUCUGACAUCAAUUCAGGUUUAUGUAAUGAUCCGUUCAUGAAUAUUUCAACAACAUCUUUAACGAAUACAACGAGUUUACUCUGUAUUGGCAACAAUAGCAGUGAUAUCAUUAUUAAUCCAACAACUAGUGAACAUUAUAAUACAGUUUCUUAUUUGAGUACGACUGCCAAAACUAACAGUUGUAAUAAUUUUAAAGUCAAAUUGCCAAAUCCUACUGCUACUAUUGCGUCAAUUUCGAAUACAUUCCUCGACAAUUCUGAUAAAUCUAAGAAUCAAUCAUCAUCCGGUAAUACUCCUGGAAUUCUACAGGUAUAUGCAGCUUAUGAUACUGGUUUAGCAGUAGGUACAAGUUUAAAACUUCAUGUAACACCUAAAACAACCGCUCGGGAAGUUGUUGAUUUAGUUGUAAAACAACUUAAUAUGGCUGUAGUGUUAAAAGGUCAAAAUGGACCGAUUUAUUCUUCUGAAGAAUUUUCAAACUUCUGUUUAGUUGCUGUAAUUGGUGCAAGAGAACGUUGUUUGAGGGAUGAUUUCAAACCGCUCCAACUUCAAAAUCCGUGGAAAAAAGGACGGCUGUAUGUUCGACUUAAACAAGAUGUUUUAGCAGCUCUAGAACAUUGCAGUAAACAUACAGCAUAUUUAUAACGUUAAAUAAAGAAAAACAAAAAAAAAUCGAAAUAAGACAUAAAGGAAAAAAAA